UUGCUCGUACGGUUAGCCACUCUAGAUAUUUGAAUUAUCGUUUACAGUUUGAUGCUAAAUGCAAGUUGUUCAUGGCACUGGCAGCGUCACCAUCGCCCAAAUGAUCAGGGGCACCUCCCUUAUCCAAACAAAUAUCUGAAGGAACUUUCUCUCUUUCUCUUUCCUAUCCAAUUUAACUAUAAUUAAUUUGCUUCUAUGCUUUUCUAGCUUAUACAAUUCAAUCCACUAUCCUCACCAGCUACUAUAAAUAAGAGGUGAUUAAAUCUCAAGCUUCAUCAGGGUACAACAACAAAGCCUUUGCUACACUAGCUUGAUUAGUUCCCACACUCAUCUAUCUUUCAAUACUUUUUAGUUUCAUAUAUACUAUUCUCCCUAGUUCUUAUAUUGGAUCGUUCAUCUCCUUGCAAUGGAUAGAGUUAACGACUUGGCAUCAAAGAAGGCUGCUGUUAUAUUCACCAAGAGUUCAUGCUGCAUGUGUCACAGCAUCAAGCAACUUUUCUAUGAGCUUGGAGCAAGCCCAGCAGUUCAUGAGCUUGACAAUGAUUCCUAUGGGAGGGAAAUGGAGUGGGCUUUGAGGGGUAUGGGUUGCAAUCCUUCAGUCCCAGCAGUGUUCAUAGGUGGAAAAUUUGUGGGGUCUUCCAAAGAUAUCAUAUCCCUCCAUGUUGAUGGCUCUCUCAAACAAUUGCUCAUGGAUGCAAAGGCCAUCUGGUUUUAGCCACACCAAGGAGUUCCUUAUUAAGGAGUAGUGUAGAAGGAACUCGGAUAUGCUAUUUCCAGACACUGUUUACUCGGGGACACUCCUGCUUUUUCUUCAGUGUCCUCUUUAAAUUGUACCAUAAAAAAGUCUGUAAAAAAAUAGUUUUCUUUUCUUUUGGUAUUUUGUAAAAGGCUAACAAAAUCUAUGCCUACUAAAGUAGUAUGAAACUUCAUGCGGGUGAAAGUGACUAAACAUGGUUUAUGCAAACUGUAAUGUUUCUGUGAUUCACUUUCAAUUUGAAAUGCCUUGUGAAAGAAAAAGGGUGUUUCAAUUCAAUUACACAUUCAUCUAAUUUCACCUUA